CUGUGAUCCCUGAGUGCAUUCACCUCGAAUUGCCAUUUUGACCACUCCAGGUACCCCGAAGACCCAAAUACUCGUACCAUGACACCAGAGGCAUCUUCCCGGAGAUCGUGCGACCUCUGUUAUACGAAGAAGAUCAAAUGUAAUGCGCAAAAGCCUCGCUGUUCGAAUUGCGAGCAGUACACAUCGGAUUGCACCUAUGCAGCCACCAGCCGAAGAACACUGAGCCGGAAGCAAAGACAGCGCGCAGCCGUUGCACCUUUGGAAUCUCGUGUGGAAUACCUUGAGACACGUCUUGCGGACGUUCUUGAAAAGAUUGACCGGCUUGAAGAGAGACCAGUCCCCAAGAACACUGCGCGGAGCCCCUCAUUGUCAGUUAUAGGCUCAGAUAUCAAUGACCCGGGCUUGCCAGCAGGGAAACCACACGGCCCUUCUAUGGAGUUGCCGCCACUGCAAGAAGUUCUGGCUGCAGUGGAGAAGUACCUGACAACGUCCAACGCCUUCCUCCCCCUUUUCCACCCUGGCAGGCUGUUGCGUUCUGUACAUAGGUGGUACUCGCACCCAGAACAGAGGGUUUCUGCAACCUGGGCCGCCAUUAACGUAGUCCUCGCUCUGGCCUACUGCCAAGCCGAUUCGGACGAAGAGAAUUAUGCAAAAAAGCCCGUCAAAUACCUCAAUAACGCGCAAUCAGUAUUGACAGAGAUCACGAUGCGAGAUGUUGACCUCACGAAUGUUCAGGUUCUCGCUGGGUUGGCCAUGCUGUUCCAGGGGGCCCUGGAUCUUAAACCGGCAACAAUUCUCAUCGCUACUGCUCUACGCCUCGCACAUGGACUCGGUCUCCACACCCGCAGUAGCUCUGCGAACUUGGAUAAUUCGCUGGCCUUGGAGAGAGACCGUGUGUUUUGGAUAAUAUACAUUCUAGAUCGGGAUAUCAGUUUUCGCACGAGGCAGCCACCCCUCCAACUCGAAACUGAGAUUGAUCUUGACUUGCCGCCCGAAGAGUCUAGCGGAGACAAUGCAGAGUUCAUGGCCACCGGAAACAGCCAGUUCAACUUCCUGCGUGCUCGAAUACAGUUGGCCCACAUACAGGGAAGGGUAUACAACUGCCUCUAUUCGGUUCAAGCACAAAAUGUAUCCCCCGAACAGCGAAAUAAAGAGUUAGCAGGGGUUCGCCAUUUGCUGAACGACUGGACCUCUCAUUUGCCAUCACAAGUUAAAAUGUCUGCGUUAUCACAAGGUGGCACUCCCACCUUAUCAAGGUACUUCGGGGUUCUCUACGCUACACGCCAGGCGUGUUUGAGCUUGGCCAGCCAGGCGCAUCCCUGGGACAGGCGCUGGCUUGAAAACCUCCAAGCCUAUAGCGGAGGAAGCGUCGCAGAGGAAACAGAUACGCCUGUGUCACUCACUCAUAACUGGCAAGGGCUAGUGCACGAAUGUCGCGAAUUUAUGGCAUUUUUCGUGAGUAUACACCGGAAGGAUGCCUCGUUCAUCUGGAUGACUGCAUGCACUUAUAUUGCUUGCUUGGUUUGUGUAGUAGCCAACAGCGUCGUUUAUCCGCUCCACGAUUUUCUGCAACUUGACAUGCACUUGUCAGUCACUGCCUUGCUGUUUCUGGAAGAUAUCGUUCUUCAAACAACAGACGAUUCUCUUCAAAAACUACGAGACGCUUGCAAGGAACUCAUGCUAAAGGCCUCCUUUAUAUCUCAAGAAGGGUCAGCGGAAAAUAAAUAGGAAUCAUCAAUAUGGUUGGGGAAUAGAAUCGCUUUACUAUUAGCAGUCACGGGAUUAGUUAAACAUUGG